UGGUACACAGAUCAUGUCUUGGGCAGACCAUCGGUCAGAUUCCGCAAGUAUCAGGUCUUUGCCGUCGUUUCCUUCUGGUCCUACUAUCUCUACAAGGGCAACCCACAUGGUCCUCCGUACCUUCGUCGCAUCUCCAGACUCCUUUCCACACGCUUGACAGCCUGGCAUACUGUGGUCUUGACUCUGAUAUAUCUAUACAUCACGCGAAACUUUAGCAAGCUCGUCGGCCUCGAGUGUCCAGAACCGCUUGCAAACCUCUACACAAGAUCGUACUUCCGAGCGACAUGGGUCACAACAGCGUUGGAUGCAGGCUUCUGGACGGCCAUGAAUCUACGUCCUGUAUGGCUGAAAGACCUGGCCAGCCUCGUCUUCUCGGUCUAUUACCUCGUUUGUGCCGAACAAGCAGAUGAAAAGGUACGAAGAGUAAGAGCUGGCUUGACAUUGGAGCAUCUGAGGGUCAGCUGGAACAAGCCAAACACACCAUACAUCAAUUUCUUCGGCAAGCUGAUGCGUCCGAAAUUGAUGCGCUACCCACCACGCGCCAUUCGCAUCCCAAGACCCAGACAAAGCAGUUAUGACGAGCCCAUCCAAGCGUGGCUCUACUUCGACGGUCCUAUCAGUGAUCUCAAGAAUCAUGACAAGAUCGUGCUUGACAUUCCGGGCGGAGGCUUUGUUGCUAUGGAUCCCAGAGCACACGACGAUAAACUGCUGGCUUGGGGUGCAAGAACAGGCUUGCCUGUGUUAGCAUUGGAUUACAAGAAAGCCCCUGAGUAUCCUUAUCCUUAUGCUCUGAAUGAAUGUUACGACACAUAUCACACACUGGUUGCGACCAAAGGACAAUGUAUAGGUCUCUCAGGAGAGACCAUGCCCAAGAUCGUCGUCAGUGGAGAUAGCGCAGGCGGCAAUCUCGCCGUCGGCCUGAUUCUCAUGAUUCUGCAAUCUGGCAGCACUGCAACUCGGAGAUGGCAAGGCGAAACCUCUCUUCCUGUACCCGAAGGUGCAGUCCUCGUAUACCCAGCUCUCGACAUGAACAUCGGCAACUGGAUGACAGAUGAACAAAUGUCUCUGAUCAAAGACCGCAAGAUGCGAAAGACCAACAGAGGCGUUCUUAGCAGAAAGAGCGACGACUACAGAAAGCUUACGCCCAACACUCCACAUGGAUCUGAGGAUGAAGAGGACGAUGUCAGUCCGCCAAAGACAAAGCGUACGAACACUGCAGUCCAACAGUUGACGGAUAAACCAAUCGUUGCUUCUCCCACAGAGCCUCACACCAGCGCGGCUCACACUAUUGAUGCUGCUUCUACUGCACCUGCACCUACACCUCAAAUGCUACGUACUCGGCUUGCCAUGUCUUCUAUGAUAUCCUACUUCAACGACCGUGUCUUAACGCCCGAAAUGAUGCGAGCCAUGAUCAUCUUGUACAUUGGUCCUCACUCACGCCCAGACUUUUCAACAGAUUACCUUCUGUCACCACUCCUCGCACCCGAAGCACUUCUCACCCGCUUCCCAAAGACGUACAUGAUGACAGGCGAGCGCGACCCCCUAGUCGACGAUACCGUCAUUUUCGCAGGCCGUCUAAGGCAAGCCAAACUAGCCCAUUGGAACAGCCGCAAGGAGCUGGGUCUAGUACGCGAGCGAGACGUCUUCGUGGAUACAGAUCAUGUCAAUGUAGUCCUGAUUCCUGGCAUCUCCCACGGCUUCUUGCAAUUCGCAGGCAUAUUCCCAGCAGGCUGGAAAUACAUUUCGCGUUGCUCACGCUGGAUGGCUGAUCUCUUCCGCGAAGCCGAUAUGCGAGCUGAGGUAGACGAGGAAGAGGAAGAGACAGACUACUUUGGCAAUGAAGCUGGAUCGGGAGUCAAGAAGAGCAAUGGCAUCAGACAUCACCGCCGUAUGCCUACUGAAUCUUCUGGAGACGAAGACAGACCACUAGAGAUGAGCACGCUCAACGGCGGUGCCCGGACAAGUCCGAANAAGAAGGGAAGUCCAAGAGGUGGUAAGGCCGUCAGGGGAGCUAGAAAUGAGCGACCUCGGAAUCAGAGGAUGAAGAGUCUGGUCAGCUUGGCAAGUGAGGACGAUCUUCUCGGCAGGAGAAUGAAGGGCUUGACAGGUAAUCUGAUGGGCGAUGGAGGUGUACCUCAGACUCCAUAG